AUGAAGUUCUACUCGUUCUUUGCUUACCUUCUCGUGGGGGCCACAACCUCUGCGGCAUUGCCAGCUGAUAACUCGGCUCGAGAAGUUACUAGCUUGACCGCGUCCAAAUUAACAUGGACAGGCCAGGUUAAACGCGGCGAGCCUGCCGUGUCUUUCACCGGCACAGCUGAGGAGAUCUACAACCAGAUCAUCGAGAUCAACCCCAACUAUGACAGCGAGCUAGGUCUAGACAGCGCCGACGCGAAGGUGAAGAGGAGAGACCUAAAGCCUAUUGCGAAGCGGGCUACCACCUCAAGUGACUGGACAUGCGCCUACGGUAACAACGUCAACGCCGAGUCCGUCGGUGUCGGCGUUCGGUAUCUCUACAGCAUCGCGAACGGUGACUGCUCAGCACCCCCAGGGAGUCCCGGAAACGGUGGUUGCACAGCUAGCAGUUGCAACUCCGGCGCGGGUAUCUUCUUGUGCAAUGAUUCUAGCAACACACUACACAAUGCUUGCACCAUCGUCGCGGAUAACGCCGUGGAGGUUUUAAUCAACUGCCAGUCAACUACUUAUAAUGGUGGUAGCAGUUGGACUAGUUACACACAUGGACAGAUAUUUUCGUUAGACCGUAGCUGGAACGUUAUUCUUAACCAGUGUUAA